AUGUCUCUUCGGUUACCCAGAUUCCAUGUUCUGACAGCCACGGAGCAGGCGAGGGCCCUUUACCGUGAAACUCACGUUGCAACUUUGUAUGACUCGUUGUGUGUUUUGGUUCCCCGACAGAAAACCGAAAACAUGGCAGACUACCGGGAUGACAAUGGAGCUCGCGCUCUGCUGGCUUUGCAAUCUGCGCCGUGCAGUCCCGUGCGUGUCGGGGUAAAUUCGCACUCGUACCAGCCCCCCCUCACCCUCUCAGAUGCCCCGGUCAUGGCAGCCCACGACGAUGGCAUCCCCUCCGGACGACUCGUGUCCCUUCCGCAGGCCUUAGCUAAACUCGAGGGCCGGGACUUUGAGUUUGUUAUGCGCCAGAGAACAGUCACCGUAGGCCGGAACUCGUCCCACGGGUCCGUGGACAUCAACAUGGGUCACUCCAGCUUCAUUUCGCGUCGCCACCUACAAAUCAGCUACGACGAGUCGGGCGGCUUCUUCCUGCGCUGUCUGGGCAAGAACGGCGUUUUCGUCGAUGGGGUGUUUCAGCGACGAGGGGCACCGCCGCUUCUGCUGCCCCGAGAGUGUGUGUUUCGUUUUCCCAGUACGGUAAUUAAGAUCCAGUUUGUGUCGCUCCUGGAGGCUGAGGAGCCAAGAGAGAAGGAGCAGAUCUCUCCUCCUCCUCUCCCACUCCUCCCACACAUCUCCCCUCUCAAAAUUAGCAUUCCCACAAUGCAACAGCAUGAAGACCACCUGAGGACCUUUGGCUCCCCGCUGCCCUCUCCCACAGGCACCAUUAGUGUUCCAAACUCCUGCCCUGCCAGUCCACGAGGUGCAGGGUCAUCAGGGUAUCGUUAUGGACGCAACGUGACCUCUGACCUCCAGUUGGCAGCCGAGUAUGCUGCCAAGGCUGUCUCUGAGCAGAGACGAGGUACUGCUGAGCAACGCAGCACCGGCACUGAGCAGCGAGGGGAGUCCACUGGUGAUGAUAGUCCGAAGGAUGAGUCAAAGCCUCCUUACUCCUAUGCCCAGUUGAUAGUCCAGGCCAUCUCCUCAGCACCAGACAGGCAGCUCACUCUCAGUGGCAUCUACUCUCAUAUUACCAAACACUACCCCUACUACCGGACUGCAGACAAGGGCUGGCAGAAUUCAAUCAGACACAACCUGUCUCUGAACCGCUACUUCCUUAAAGUGGCCCGCUCCCAGGAUGAGCCUGGGAAGGGGAGUUUUUGGCGUGUGGACUCUGCCUCUGAGGGCAAGUUGGUGGAGCAGGCAUUCAGGAAAAGACGGCAGAGAGGAGUAGCUUGCUUCAGGACACCCUUCGGACCCCUCUCUUCCAGGAGUGCGCCAGCCUCCCCAACCCAUCAGGGCCUUCUGUCUCCUACCUCCAGUGGGCUACAAACCCCCGAAUGUCUGAGCAGAGAGACUUCUCCUAUUCCCCAUGACCACCAUGAGCAGCUUGCUCACAAACUAGCAUCUGUACCAGAGUAUAGGUACUCUCAGAGUGCCCCAGGUUCUCCAGUCAGUGCCCAACCUGUUAUCAUGGUCGCACCCCCUCACCCUGCUGCCAUGCCCUCAGGCCUAGGAAAAGGCCUUGCCCUAAUUCCUGGGGGUGGGGGCCAAGUCCAGCCCCUCCAUCUCCUCCAGAGCACCUCACAGCCGUCUGUCACUAUGCUGCGGGUGGUUACCAGUGCCCCUCUGUUGUCCAACCAUCCCAAUGGAUACGCCGCCGCCUCUUCCUGCACCACCACCCCAAGCCAGCAGGGAGGAGCAGAGAGCAUCAGUGAGCUCAGAGAGUCCCAGCAGAACCGUGAACAAGUGAUCCAGACCGUGGAAGGAGCAGGGCAGGUUGGCGAGGGGCGGAGCCUAGCCCUAGGUUUACAUCAACUGCCUGUUCGUCCCAUUGCUCAGAAUGGCAAGCAUACCACUGCUGUUGUUGCCACAGCAACGAGCCUUGCCAAUGCCUAUGCCCUGAACAGUCCUCUCCAGAUCUUAGCUGCCCAGGCCUCUAGCUCCCCUCCUGUACUGGUGAACAGGCAGGUCACUAUGGGAGCUGAUGCCCUUGCAGAGCAUCCAGGUGAGCCCCAGGCCAAAAGGCCUAAAAUAGAAGAUGAGAAGGGCCCUGACUCUGCUCAGCCUCAAGUCACAUCAGCCCCACAGCCUGUCAUUGUUGCCAUGACAUCACAAACUCAUGACCCUAGGAAGUGAAACCUAGGACCCCUAACCAGGUGCCUUAAGGAGAAUCUCCUUAUCAAUCCCUACCUUUCUCCACCUUCUAUACUGAUCUACCAAGACUGCAGCCAAGAUGGCCAAAACAAUACUCAAGACAUGCUGGAUCAAAGCUGAAGGGAAUUGGAUAAUAAUCAAAAGAGAGUUUGAUGAAAAAUUAAUUAAAAUUGUGAAAUCAACUGCAAAUAGUAAAUCUGACCGGAUUUUGCAGCUGUAUUUUUAAUGUGUCAUUCACAGAUAACAAAGAGGUAAGUACAUUCAGCUUAAAUGAGCAUUUGAAACACUGGCCACAGUGUGUCUACUUAGAUUUAUUUUAUUUCUGUGAAUGGUGCAUGGUGAUACACCCUCCUCCUCUAUCUAAUUGUUGAAUCAGUCAUGUCACUCAUAGGCCAAAGAAAUCACCCGUCCAUCAUCUCCAACUUGAGUCACUGCCUGCUCGUAGGAGGGAAUUAAUAAAACUGGGGAGAGAAGGGAGAAUAUUUAUGUUAAGUGAUAGCAUUGCCAUGACCAGAGCUGACAUGAAGAGUGUAGUUUUACACAGUCUGGAAGAUUUCAUUGAAUACCCUGAGGCAAAUUUGCAAUUUACAAUAUUGUGCUAUACAAAUAAAUAAAAUUGACCAUAAUGCAAGGGUGCUUUGGCUAGAUGUUAUGGAAGGGUGUUCAGAGGUUGCAGGAAUAGUUUAUACCUCAGUCCUCCUUAAGAGCUGCGCACAAGUGAGUAGAGUUACAAGAAUGGCGCAAAAAAGUGUCAGCCUUAAGGCCAAACCCAAAAUCUCAGGAGCCUCAUGAUUUCUAAUGGCCUUCUUGUUAAGCCACAAGUAAGGACAGCUGUGUAUUUGGAGAAGAGGUUGGGCAGAUCAGAUUCAGGAAAACGAUCAUGAAAUAAUGAAGUCUAAACCAGCAUUUUCCUUUUUUAAGCUCAGUUCGGUUUGGUUUAGCUGCGUGAAGCCCCUCAGAAUAGCUGUAACCCGGACAAUUGGUGAGAGCAGGUUGCAGUAUUGGAGCAGGUAUGGGAAAAAUGGGGCAGCUAGGGUGAUUGUAAUGGAGCUAACCUAAUGUAGACAAACUGAUUGUUGUUUGUUUUCUGUUUUGUUUUUGUUCUUUCCUUCAGUAGAAGUAGUGGUAGUAGUAGUUGUGGUAGGAGAUGGAGCAGCCUGUGUGUACAGUAUUGGUAUGUUGUAGCCCGUAAAAUCAUUAUAACAAUGGUCCUUAAAGCCUUAAAUGUUUCUACUUUUUCAUUGUCAUUGUUUUAUUUUAACCAUUAGAGACAGCUUUACUGUUUUAGAACGUUAACAGUGUUUGUUUCGGAGUAAAUGGUCCACAGCACUACAAUGUUGAUGAUGUUGCAUUAGUUGACUUCUGACAGUUUUAUCAAGGGAAGGGUGGGACCAACACACGACCAUACAAAUCUCUCACUUUUUCUUUUAUUUUCUAUCUGUGUGAUCCUCUUACAAUCUUUUUUUUUUUCUGUACAUGGUUCCCUUCUGAACCUCCCUUGUCCACUUCCCUCCCCUCCUUUCACUACCAGUUCAGUUUUUUGUAUCGUCUACUAAGACAUGGCGCUAUUGGUGAUCCACGUCACAGACUUUCUUUAGCACUUCCCAUUGUUCAUCUCGUUUUUUCACUCUGCCUUUUAGCUUCCCAGUAAGUCGAAUCAGUUCAUCUGGACACACAUGAACUGAAUCUCCCACUAAACGUUGUGUGCAGAUGAACUGAUUCAACUGGCUGGGAUUUCCUUUCCUGGAUUAUUGAGCAUGCACCAAGACAUGCCUUUUAGCUUCUACCCAUGUCCUUUUCAAAGGCCUAUGAUUUGCUGUCAAUCAGUCACAAUUUGCGCAAGAAUUUUUGUUGCACAUUAUUUGGAAAAAAUGAAAAAAGAUGCAUAAUGAUUGUAUGCUGCUCUUUCUAUCUGCUAAAUGAAAAAUCUAUCACAAGAUAUUUUUGUCCUAUUUUGCAAAAGAAAUAUUUUGCUAAAAAAUAUUUUGCUAUCUAUGAACAGCUGUCAUCAAACAAACAUUUUGGAAAUAUAGAAGUAUAUAUGUAUUUUUAAAUGUUUGUUUUUGUGAUUUGUUUAAAAAACGUGUAGCACAAAUUAAAAU